GUUGGCCAACGCCGUGGUGCAGCAUUGUGAUGAAUAAAAAGCUCAAUGGGAGGCAGUUAGCACAGACAGAGGCAUUAAACAUGGAGAGACAUGUCAAAGAAGAGAUUCCCAGUGAAGGCCAGAGUCCUGUAGCAGACCCUGGACUUUCAGAGAAAUGUUCUCCGGUUGUGAUUGAUGAUGUUCCCCUGAACGGUCCCACUCUGGACGGACUUGCAGCAGAAGAAUUCAUUCACCAGUCCAUGGCCAUCAUUAUAGAAGAUGCAGUGAAAAAAGCGACAGACGUAAAAGAAAAGGUUUGUGAGUGGCGCUCCCCCGAUCAGCUGAAGGAGCUGCUGGACCUUGAGCUGAGAGAUGGAGGAGAGUCUGACUCCAAGAUCCUGCAGCGCUGCAGAGAUGCCAUCAGAUACAGCGUCAAGACCACUCAUCCUCGUUUCUUCAACCAGCUGUAUGCUGGAAUGGAGCCCUACUCCAUGGUGGCUAGCUUCAUUGCUGAAGCCCUCAAACCCAGUCUAUACACAUAUGAAGUGGCUCCAGUCUUUACCCUGAUGGAGGAUGCUGUGCUGAGGAAGAUGAAGGAACUAAUUGGCUGGGAGGAAGGAGGAGAUGGAAUUUUCAAUCCAGGUGGCUCAAUGUCCAACAUGUACGCCAUGAAUUUAGCCAGGUACAAUCACUCUCCUGACAUUAAAGAGCUCGGCCUCUCUGCUGUUCCACGACUGGUCGUGUUCACGUCACAGGAGUGUCAUUACUCCAUUACCAAAGCAGCAGCUUUACUGGGAAUUGGAACUAAGAACGUCUAUGUGGUUCCAUCUGAUCAGAGAGGAAAGAUGAUUGUUUCUGCCCUGGAGAACAAAAUAAAGACCGCUAAAAGUGAGGGUGCAUUUCCCUUCAUGGUAAACGCCACAGCAGGAACCACGGUGCUCGGAGCUUUUGAUCCCAUCGAAGAAAUUGCCGACAUCUGUGAGAAGCACAACCUGUGGCUGCAUGUGGAUGCAUGUUGGGGAGGAGCAGCUCUCAUGUCUAAGAAGCAUAAACACUUGUUAAAGGGCAUCCACAGAGCCGACUCUGUGGCCUGGAACCCUCACAAGAUGCUGAUGGCAUGUCUGCAAUGCUCUGCUUUCCUGGUCAGAGACAAAACAAAUCUCCAGCUAUGCCACUCUUCUCGGGCCUCCUACCUCUUCCAGCCAGACAAGUUCUACGACAUCAGCUAUGACACGGGAGACAAGUCGCUCCAGUGCAGCAGGAAAGCAGAUGCCUUCAAGUUCUGGCUCAUGUGGAAGGCUUUAGGAAGCAGUCAGCUGGAGGAGAGAGUGGACAGAGCCCUCGCCAUGGCCAGGUAUCUUGUGCAAGAGAUCAAGAAAAGAGAAGGAUUCCGUUUGCUGAUGGAACCUGAGUUUGCAAAUGUCUGCUUCUGGUACAUUCCACCAAGUCUGAGGAACCUUCCUGACGGCCCUGAGCUCUACCAAAAGCUCCACACUGUUGCCCCAGUGGUUAAAGAGCGCAUGAUGAAAACAGGCAGCAUGAUGGUGGGCUACCAGCCCCACAGGGACAAACCCAACUUCUUCAGAAUGGUCGUCAUCAGCCCUCAGGUCAGCAGGCAGGACAUGGACUUUGUCCUGGAUGAGAUACACAGUCUGGGGAAGGACUUGUGAUGAAGGAUCAGUGUCUUUCACCAACUUUACUCAUCUGUCAGGGAGACAUUUGUGGGCAGCCAGAGUGUUCAUGCAUUGUUUCUUGUCUGAUUCUUCAACUGGUUUUGGGAAAAUGAACCUCCUGCUGGCAUCAGUUGGAAAUUACACCCUCUACUGACAGUUUCCUCUCAUCUCACUUACCUUCUCUUAAUCGGCUCUGAGCUGAAAUCGACUUUUGCUUCCUGUAAUACAGUUUAUUCAAUACAAGAUAAUGUCUGUCUGUAUUUUUGUUGUAACACUGACAGCAUAAUCUAAAAUCUGUUUCUGUGUAUUAAUCUGAAGAGUUGUUGUUUACAACUGGUGAUUUGAAACAUGUUGCAUUUUAAAUCUAUGUAAAUGCAAAAAGGUGGGAAAGUAAUUUGUGGAAAAGGUCUCCAGAUGUGUAUUUAUUUCUGUGCUUAACUCAUGAAUCAUGGCAGACUGUGCUGUUAAAGUGCAGCUAUGUUCUCUGAUUUAUACUGUGAAUAUGUCCCUUUUCAAUAAAAACAAACAACCUGACAAUAAAAAAAAAAAUCAAUUGAG